AUGGCAGAAAAAUUCACUUCAAGUGGAAACGAAGACGAGCACGUUGAAUGGAUGUAUGAAUCGAAUUCGGAUCCAUGGUCAAAAUCUCAACUAGAGCAAUGGACUUGCUAUUCCGACGUAGAAAAUCUUAUUAUUGAAGAUGCAUACUCUAAAAAUGAAUCGCAUUUGAUGAUGGAUAAUUAUUAUAUUGAUUUUAAACGUAAAAUUCAAAUUUCAAAAGAUAAUGAGAAUAACCAGAGACCAAUUAAUAGAGUGGUUCGAAAAACGGACAAGACACGAGUACGAGAAGAACGCUUCACAUUUGAUCCUAUUGCUCCAAAGCGUCCUUAUGGACAUGAAUAUGGGUGGGUUUCUCCAUUCAUUUUGGAAGUUAGAAAAUAUCUAAAACUUAUACCUGAACAGUUACCAUCAAAGGACGAUAGCCUUGUUCCCAUGAUUGUUGAAAAGGCCGCUGAUGGUAUAAUUGAAGAAGGCAAGAUUAUUGGACGAUUGUGUGAAGCACAGAAGUUGGCUGAGAAGUUAAAGAACGAGAAAGACAAAGGAAUGAAACAAGUUUGGAUAUGCUGUGCAAAACUGUAUUCAAUGGAAUGCUUUUUAUACAAAAAAUUAAAUGAAGUCAUGAGGCUCAUUGGCAGUGAUGAUCAUGAACAAUUAUGGCGAAGUAAAGUUCGUACAUUAGGACCAUUUUGCUUGCUUUUAUGGGAUAAUCCAUUUCAAACUAAACUGACGACAGAAAAGACACUUUAUCGAGUAGUCAAAUUAACAAAUGAACAAAUUGCUACUUAUGAAGAGAUGGCUAAAAAUCCUAAUGAAUACCGUUCGUUCCAAGCAUUCACUUCGUCAAGUCGAAAUAAAGAUGUGGGAAACAAUUUUCCGACCACUAAUGUUUUAUUCAUCAUGGAAAUAGAAUUUGCUUUCACAGUCGAUAUCGCGCCAUUUUCUGAGUAUCCACAUGAAGAAGAAGAACUUAUUACUCCAGGUGUUUGUUUCACCGUUCAUCGCGUCGAAUUCGACAAGAGUGCAAAAAAGCAUGUAAUCCACUUAAAAUUGAGACAUCGUUUCUCUCGACGCGAUAAACAUCAAUUCCAAAAGGAUCUUACCCAAGCUUCAGGUCCCGAGUACAAUACUCGUUCAGGUCGUAUUACUGGUGAUCUUCUUAUUGAUGGUGUCGAUCUUCGCGAUCUUCUUGAUGAUCAUUUUAGCGGUAUUGCUCUUGACGAUGGUGAUGAUCUUAGUUACGAUCGUGAUGGCAAUCGGCAUUGA